CGGCUCCCGCCUCGGCGGCGGGAGCCCCUUCCCCGAGGGAGGCGUCAUGGCCGGGGCGGCGCCGUCGUCGCCGCCUCCCGACGGGCCGGAGACGGAGCGGGAGCGGGACGUGCGGGCGCUGAUUGUCCGCGUCAGUGGCCUGCGGGACGAGGGGGACGCCAACUUCCAGCUGGCCCUGCGCUUCGCCCGCUCCAACCUCAGGUUCCACCAGUUCCUCGACGUGAGCGGCCACAAGGUGCGGAGGACGAUAGAGGGGAUCCACGAGAAGCUGGUCGUCCAUUCCGACCUCGGCAAGGCCGCCAGUUGGAAGCGGCUGACGGAGGCGUUCCUGGCGGCUCCGCUCCCGAGCACGAGGGGAACCGAGACGGAGACGCACUACGCGAUCCUGUCGCUCCUCCUGGGUUUGUCCGACUCCCCCUCCAACAGCGACUACGUGGAGAGGCCCAGGGACGAGCCGGGCGAGGCGGAAGAGGAAUUCGACUGGGAAAAGUAUCUGCGGGAAGGGGAAGAGUCGGGGCCGGGGCCGGGGCCCGAGGCGGACACCCCCGACUGGUCGGACGCGAGCGAAGAAGAGGAUGCCCAACAGCCGCUGAGCCGGGAGGAUUCCGGGAUUCAGGUGGACCGGACGCCCCUGGACGAGCCGGCCCACGGCAAGAGGACGGUCUCCCACGCCACCUGGAAAGUGGGGGAGCCGGACAGCCGAGGCUGGCUGGAACGCCACGUGGCCCCUCCCUACUGGACCGCCAGGCCGGCUCGUCUCCCCAAUAGCCAGCACCUCCACUCCAACCUGGCCGCCGUCUGGGACCGGCACCCGCGCGGCCGCGACCCGUUCGGCCCCCCGGAGGACAGGACCUACGUCACGGAGCUCCAGGCCGUCCGAGAGACCCUCUGGUUGCUGUCGGGGGUCAAGAAGCUCUUCAUCUUUCGGUUGGACGGCGGGCAGGUGACGGUGAGGGAGGACGUCUCCGUGUCGCACCUGACGCGGGACUGCCUGCGCUCCGUCCUGGAGCAGAUCGCCGCCUACGGCCAGGUGGUGCACGGGCUGCGCGGCUUCGUGGACGAGAUCAUGGGCCACGGGGGCGAGUGCGGAUCCCGCCCGCCGCCCGACCCGCCCUUCCGGACCUACCAGGCCUUCAUGUGGGCCCUCUUCAAGUACUUCGCCGCCUUCCGGGGGGAGCUGACCGAGAUGGAGCGGAGCGUCCUCCGCGGAGACGAGACGGUCACCCUGGCCAUCGUGGUGGCCCGCCUGGCCCCCCGCCUGGCCCAGCUCAAGGUCCUGCACAAGGUGUUCCGCACGGGGAUCGCCGAGGUGCCCCCCGACACCCGCAACGUGGUGCGCGCCUCCCACCUGCUCAACACGCUCUACAAAGCCAUCCUGGAGUACGACACCGUCGGGGAGGCCUCGGAGCGGACGGUGUCCCUUCUCUUCUCCCUGUGGGUGGAGACGGUCCGACCCUACCUCCAGACGGUGGACGAGUGGAUCGUGCACGGAAACCUCUUCGACCCCGCCAAGGAGUUCAUCAUCCAGAGGAACAAGAACGUGCCCGUGAGGCACCGCGACUUCUGGUACGCGACGUACACCCUGUACAGCGUGUCGCCCCGGACGGAGAAGGCCGGGGAGCGCGGCGGGAGCCCCGGGGCCGAGCGGCCGGGCCCCGCCGGCCCCCAGCACACCGUGGUCUCCUUCCUCAAGCCCGUCCUCAAGCAGAUCAUCGUGGCCGGGAAAUCCAUGCAGCUCCUGAAGAACCUGCGGGGCCCCCGGGGCCGGCCCCGCCCGGCCGCCGCCAGAGACGCGGAGAGGAAGAGCCUGUACGCCCUGUUCCUGGAAUCGGUGCGCUCCCGCCUCGGCCGCGGCGAGGACGACGACGACGACGGCCCCGCCGCCGACCGCCGGGCCGCCGAGCGGGAGCCGCGCCCCGGGGCCCGGGCGCGCCUGGAGGCGGACGGCGUCCGCGACCCGCUGCUGGCGAUGAACUUCGCGCGUCUGUACCCGGGACGGAGCGACGCGCGGGCGCCGGCGGCCGGCGGCGAGGUGCCCGUGGCCCGCUCCUCCGAGUCGGUGACCUGCCAGACCUUCGAGCUCACCCUGCGCCGCUGCCUCUAUCCGCACAUCGACCGGCAGUACGCGGCCUGCUGCGGCGACCUCAUGCGGACGCUGAAGAAGGAGUACAGGUUGGUGGAGUACCUCCAGGCCAUGAGGAACUUCUUCCUCCUCGAGGCCGGGGACACCAUGUACGACUUCUACACGGCCAUCUUCGAGAAGAUCCGCGAGCAGGAACCCUGGCGGAGCGGGUCCUUCCUCAACGUCCGGCUCCAGGAGGCCGUCGGCCAGCGCUACCCGGAGGACGGCGCACGGCUGUCCAUCUCCUUCGAGAACGGCGACCCGGCCAAGAGGAAGCUCCCCAUCCACAGCCUGGACGGGCUCACGCUGACCUACAAGGUCCCCUGGCCCGUGGACAUCGUCAUCAGCCUGGAGUGUCAGAAGAUCUACAAUCAGGUGUUCCUCCUCCUCUUGCAAAUCAAGCUGGCCAAGUACAACCUGGACGUCCUACGCUUCGACGAGGCGACCUGGACGGGCGGGGGGAGGCCGCGACCCCGCGAGGGCCCGGCCCCGGAAGGAGACCCGGCCGCCGCCGCCGCCGCCUCCCCGGAGCGGCCCGGGGGGCCCCGCCGCCGCCGGAUCCACCGCAUGUUCCUCCUGCGCGUCAAGCUGAUGCACUUCGUCAACAGCCUGCACAACUACAUCAUGACCCGGAUCCUCCACAGCACGGGCCUGGAAUUCCAGCACCAGGUGGAGGAGGCCAAGGAUCUGGACCAGCUCAUCCGAGUCCACUACCGAUACCUGUCCACCAUCCACGACCGCUGCCUGCUGAGGGAGAAGGUGAGCUUCGUGAAGGAGGCCAUCAUGAAGGUCCUCAACCUGGUGCUGCUGUUCGCCGACCGCUGGCAGGCCGGGCUCGGGGCUUGGAAGAUGGAGUCCAUCGAGAAGAUGGAGUCGGAUUUCAAAAACUGCCACAUGUUCCUCGUCACGGUCCUGAACAAAGCCGUCUGCCGGGGAUCCUUCCCUCACCUGGAGUCCCUGGCCCUGUCGCUGGUGGCCGGCGUGGAGCGGAGCUGAGGCCCGUCGCGGGCGCCGGAGGCCGACCGGAUUCCCCGCGGAGGACCCGGGACGGAGGGCGUCCGGCAACGCCGGUCCGGCCGACGACACGGGAGAUCCG